AUGGGAAAUCAAUUUAAGAACGUGGCGGUCAUCGCCUGCUUGAAGACUUUUCUUUUUGUUUUCAAUGUUGUGUUUUGGUUAACUGGGCUACUACUGUUGGUGGUAGGACUAUGGGCAGAGUUCGAUCUACACAAAUACCUGGAACUCUCACCGGAGUUCUCCGGGACAGCUCCUCAUGUCAUGAUUGGAAUCGCCGGCUUAAUCGUACUGAUCAGUUCCGUGGCCUUUUCCUGUAUCAUCAAAGGACAACCCGUCUUGCUUUACAUCUACGGUGGUUUCUUGGCAUGCAUAUUUAUGAUGGAAGCCGGCGUUGGAGCUUCUGUAGCAUGCUACCGCGACACCUUCGCUAAGGGCCUUCGCGACGGACUUACCGAAACAAUUACUCACUACAACCCACAGAAAGCAAACUUUGAUUUCGCGCAAACCAAGUUGCAUUGCUGUGGCGUAAAUAACUACACGGACUGGAUGAGGAUGUCGCCACAGCGCGUGAUCCCUAUCUCCUGCUGCGUAGACGCUAAUAACUGCGUCACGGCCAAUUACAGCGAAGUCCAUCAAAAGGGUUGUUACGAGGUAAUUGCAGAAUAUAUUGAAAGCAAUAUGGACAUUUUAAUCGGAAUCGCGAUCGGGACAGCUUUACUACCUCUUCUUGGGACUAUAUUAUCAUGUUGUCUUGCCAAUUACAUCAAGAAAUCUAAAUAUGACGUGAUGAACUGAACUAAAAUUGGCUAUAUGAUACGACUUCUCAAACUGUAACUUUUGACUGAUUUAUCUUGAAUUAUAAUUUUAGGACUAGCGCAUUAUAUUACUAGUCUCUAAAUUUUAUCUACUGUUAAUCUAUGUAUUAAAAAUAUUUAAAGAUCUUCUGGAGUAUUCAAAUAAUUAUUCAAAUCAACAUAAUAAAAUUUAGUAAAUGAAAAUUUGAUAAAGUUGAUAUCGAGCUACGUAACUAUGCAUUGUUAUUAUAAACUUAAUCUAUGAUGUUUAUUA